AUGAUACAUUCUACUAUUAGUGUACUUUUCUGCAUAUCAGUGUUCCUCAGUGAUACAUAUGCAUCGAAUUUGGAACAAUAUCUUACUCAAGGGACCCAUCUAAACGGGAACACGCUCCAUGGAUCUGAGCAAGAAAUCCAUCUUGAGGACUUCUUUUGGACAGGUUCUGGAGAUGGUCCUCCUGCCUACUUACGGAAGCCAUCAAGUGAUUCAGGCUCAACCCAUGUCAAACACACCUUCAUUAAGACUUCCACGGUUUUGGCCACAGUUUACAUCGAUGGAUACGCAGAAGGAGAAACAGAUCCCCUUUGCGUUUUUGACUGUUCCAAUGAGGAUCCCAAUUCCAUCAGUUACUCACCGAGUGACCGUAGAUACUGGCUCUUAACCGUUGUGGCGGGAUUCUUCAGCACCAAAGACUUUAAGAUGAUUGAGGAAAAAUUAGCAAAGCUCUACAGAUUAGCAUUCUCUCGGCAACAGGCUCGGCAUCUGGGAAUAGUUAAUGCCACAACCCCAUUAUCUUUGGAAAACCAUUACCGAAGAAGAAAGAGGAACUCUCAAGAAGAAGACAACUCAAGCUUUGUAAUAGCUCCGACUAAAACCCUUCUAAAUGACGAUGCAGAGAAUAAAACAACAAACUUUGUGGCAAAAGCUAAUCUUACGAUGAAAAAUAAUACGAAAAACUUCUACAGGACCAUAGAUCAGACUCAUCAGCGGUCUGUGAGAGUCAUUAUUCAUAAUUCAACUCAGUGGACAGAAUAUGAUUUAAAGAACGAAGAAAAUCUUGUGGAUUACAUCAAUGAAAAACGGGGCAACAGUGUACCCUUGUCUAACCAAACGGAAUUCAUCUACACCGUGUUUGUGGGUCAAAAACCCGUGCUGGCGGUCACAGCAGCAGAUGAUAUGAAAUUGGUAUCGCAGCAGGAAAUGGUGAAAGUGAUGGAAAACGAUGUAUAUACGAAGGCAGAACCGUACUUGAAGGAACCCCUGGCCACACCUCUGAUCCCUUCAAUUUUAGUGAACGGAAGUUCAGGCAUUUUCCAAGUUGCUACUGAAAAUCCAAUUAUGUUUGCAAUUAUUUGCACAUCGUUUUUCCUCCUUAUAAUUCUCCUAAUAAGCCUGGUGCUAAUGACGAGAGCCAAAAGAAAACGAAGUGCCGAAGUUCGCAGACUAGCUACUCAGGCUCUAAUAUCGCAGAGCAGCACACCGACUGGGAACUUGCAUACUGCCCAUUCGCAUGAAUUGGGUAUCGACAACUUUGGCUUCCAGAAGUCUUCACGCUUUGGCCAUGGUCAGAAAAAUGAAAAAGGCAAACCCCCAACGAUCCUAUUUCCACUGCCACCAUCAUCUCCAACUAGCAGCUCCACGUCAGAUUCGUCAAUCUACUAUCCUAAGCGAAAGUCUCACCUGGAUAUCCAAGAUGUCCUCGAUGAGAAGUCAGCAUCGCUCUUCAGCAAGAGGAACGUGAAGGUAGUAGAUGGCAGUAAGGACAAAGAUGUCCAAGAGCACAGUGAUCAUAUGUAUGCAACCAUAUCAAAGGGUCAGUCUGGGAAGAAGAAUAAGUAUAAGAGUAAGAAGAGCAGAAUAUCAGACAACAGAGUAGGGUCCAUCAAUGAUGCUGGCGUUCAGACAUCUCCGACAUCUUCCGACAGAAGUGAAGCCACAUACGCUCUCCCAUCGCACAACGAAGACUUCAAUACUCACUAUUUCAGCGAGAAGUACGCUAAGAGUGAGAUGUACCCUGAACACCUAAAGUCGGAUGACUUCGAAGUGGCCAGUUCGGUGUUUGACUCUCCCAAUGAAGCCAUAAACCGAGAGAUACUCAGAGUACUUCACAAAGGAGAAAAGUCCCCAGGUAGUGGGAGCAUUGGCUCCUACCUCAGCAUGGCAUCUGUUAAGAGUUUUCCGAAGUGUAGUGCUCCAGAACCUCUAAGUCGGAUCCUAGAGCCAGUCACAGUAACGCACUUUGACUUGUACGAUGCUGAGGAAAGAAUGAAAGCUGGCAAUGGUAACAACGCUACGUUGGAAGACAUCCAGUUGAUAAGGAGUCACAGCGAUGGAACUGAUCCAGGAGUUACAGGACCAAUAGUUUGGGAAAUACACAGAAAGGAAGUCCUGAGAAAAAAGGCAAAUACAAAGAAGGAUGGGGUAGCACCAGAAGACAUUGAUCCUCAAACACAAAACGGUCAACCGAAAGUUGGUGGUGUCAAGUUAGAAAACCGAGGCAAAUCAGCUACUAUAUCGAGUGAAAAUGAGUUAUUUCAGCACAAUACUUCGGAUCUAAUGAGACCAGUUACUGCAAGUAUACCUCCGUCGGCGAUAACCGAAGAGAUAUCACCCCCUACGCCUACGAAAAAAGCCUGGAGUAGUUCAACUCCGUCCCCAUUAGUAAGACCUCUAAGUGCUGGACCAUUUCAUCGGCCAGCUGCGCCAGUUGUUGACGUCACGAGGGUUCUAGCACCGCAGAAUACUGAAAAACCUACAAGUCUCUCAUCUGCCCCUCUCAUAGAGGCCAUCCAGAAUGAACUCAAAAAGUUCAAUAGAGGAGAUAAACAAUAAUCCAGUCAGCAAUACUAAUCGUUCUUCAAAUCGUACUUGUGAAAGCGUAAUGACGCAAUUGAUUUUACUUUAAUUUGAUUACAUUUU